UCUCAUUGGAGCCCCGCCCCUCACUGGGUCCAAUGGAAAACGGAGAGGGCGGGACUAAUGUGAACAGCUUGUUAUUAAAGGCUCCGGUGACAGCUGUGCGGUGGCACUUCGGCUCGGCGCUCGCAGUGGAGCUCAGGAUCCUUUACCAUGUUUUCUGGCUCUCCAGGAUACAGCAGCCGGUCGCUGCAGCGGAUGUCCACCCUCCGCACGGUGCCGCGCUCCUUCUCCAUCAACACCAUGCCGCUGCCGGACGAGCUGAGGGUGGAAUUCGAUGCGCAGAGCAGGGCAGUGCGCAUCCAGGAAAAGGAAGAUAUCAAAGGGCUGAACAACCGCUUCUCGGAGGUGAUCGGACAGGUCCGGAAGCUGGAACAGGAAAACCAGGUGCUGCAGACACGCUGGGAUCUCCUGCAACAGGGAGACACCUACAAGUCCAACACUGAUAGAAUUGUCAACCUCUUCUGCAGCAAGCUCAGGCAGCAGCUGUCUGACUUAGAAAGGCAGCGAGACCGACUGAAGGAACAGAUCACCCAGACUCAACGGAUGGUUGACGACUUCAAGCAAAAAUAUGAGGAUGAGAUUAACACCCGCACAACAAUGGAGAACGAGUUUGUCAUCCUCAAGAAGGAAGUGGAUGAAUCGUACUUCCAGAAGGUGGAGCUGGAGUCCAAGCUGGAGUACCUCAGCAACCUGAUCGAGUUUCUGAAGCAGCUCUAUGCCGAGGAAAUCCUGGAGCUUCAGUCCCAUAUUCAGUCGGCAGCCGUCACCUUGACGGUGAAGAACAAUCGACAGCUGGACAUGAGGAACAUAAUUGAGGACGUAAAACGGCAGCACACAGACAUCGCUGCCAGGAACAAGGCGGAAGCUGAGGCCUGGUAUCAGAAAAUGUUACAGGAUUUAGAGAAUGACAAAGUCAGACAGAAUGAAGACCUGCGCUACGCCAGGAAUGAGGCCACCGAACUCAACCGCGAGCUACAGAGGCUGAAAUCAGACAUUGACGGGCUUCAGAAUCAGAGGGCGGCUCUGGAGGCGAACGUCAUAGAGGCAGAGGACCAGGGGCAAAUAGCCAUCAAGGAUGCCAAGAAUCAUGUCAGUGAACUGCAGGAUGCCCUGCGCAAGGUGAAGACAGAUCUGGCGGACCAGGCUCGCGAACACCAGGAGCUACUCAACUCCACCAUGGCCCUCGACAUGGAGAUUGCCACCUACCGAAAACUCCUGGAUGGAGAAGAGGAGAGGGAUGGUGUUCCCAACAGCGGGGCUGUGCGGGUGGUCAGCGCGGUAUCCAGCUCGAAGGGGAUGGGAACCAGAACGCAGCUGAGAAUCAAUUAAUAAGACAAAUACCAGGGCAGGUGUUGUAAGGAACGGGCCAGUGCACACAUGGGGCCGCCGCCUCCUUGCCAACGCCUCAGUGAGGUCGUCACGAGAACCCAUUCAAUCUCCAACACUGGGUCAUGCAGAAGAAGAUCCAGUAGAUGUGCUCAAAGCUAUGCUCAACGCCCACUCCCUGCCUCUCAUGCAGUCUUUUACCCUAAACUAAACUGAGCAGACCUCCACCCCCUGCACCGCUACUCCAUUCGCCCACAUCUUUCUCCCCAGUCCCUCACCCAACCCCCCAAUCUGACAUCCUUUUGCCCACAGUAAUGCUCGCCACAUGACCUCGUUCUUACUGAGACCCCUUCCUCCAUCCCUCAAAUUGUAGGAGCCCCCCUCCCUCCAUCCCUCAAACUGUUGGUCUCCCCUCCUUCCAUCCCUCAAACUGUGGGAGUCCCCUUCCUCCAUCCCUCACACUGUGGGUCUCCCCUCCCUCCAUCCCUCAAAUAUUCCUCAUCCCUUCCUCUGUUCCUCAAUCAAUUGGAUCUCCAUCCCACCAUCCCUCGACAGUGGGACUCCCCUCCCUCAAACUACAGGAUCCCUUUGGUCUCCUCUCUCUGCCUACCUUGAUCCAUACUACAAACUCGGCCCCCCCGACCCUCGGUUCCCUCCGCCAGUCUCCCCACCCUCCACCUUCCUCAGUCCUGUGUGCUUGAUAUUGCUUGAGGCUCUCCGCUCAGUGCUUCCUGUCCCUUCCAUUCUGCAGCUUCGGACUGAACGCUUUUGGUGAAAUGCUGCCUUCCUGACCGAGAAAUGUAAUUAUCAUUGGUGGGUCAUGGACAAUAAAGAAUUUGGACAAGCCCCUCAA